GAAAUCGUUUAAUAUUUGCUGUUUUCAAAUUAACAGCUAAUUGACAAAACACACUAGUAAGAACAAUUUUAAACACAGUAUAAAAAUAAAUAAAUUAGCCAACAUCUGAUUGUAAACUAACAAGUUACAUUGUGCAUUCAUAGAUUCGUGUGUACAUGAGUAAUCUUCAUCUUCACACUUGACGGGUCCAUCCAUCUAGGAAUAAGCAAUUUAUCUGUCAAUCUACGUAUAUACAUGAUGUAAAACAGCCUUGAAGAUUACAAUAAGACAUAGAAUACUAUGCCCUUGGAGCUACAAUGAUUUGCAGUCGAUGCGCACCGCGCCAGCGCCACCCAUCGCAGUUUUGAAUUCAAUGAAUGAAUCAUAGGAAUGCCAUUGAUAUAUGUAAGAGCUUUUAUUUUACUAUUCUCUGAUAUAUUAGACUUGGUAUUGUCAUUUAGAAACAGCCUAUUAUCUCUUAUUUAAUACCUCUAAAAUGCAUUUUUCCAGCAACAGGAGGUAGCCCAAAAACAUAUACUUACAUACUCUACAAUAUAAAAUAUUUCGUGUAGAGUCCAAAAUACACUUUGUUUCUCGAGAUUUGGAAAAUAUACUUAAAACUCAGUAUAUGACAAACUACUUUCACCUUAUUACGUCGUUCCUAACGAACUAGCAUGUGAACAAUUUACAAUCGAAAAGUAUAAUUAAAGUUACUAGAGGAGACGAUAAUGAGCUAUAUUUAUUUGUAUAUGCUAUUAAAAAGCCAAAUUUCAUGUGACAAUGAGGCUGAUUAGGCUGUCAUCGCUGCGUUUGUUCGUUUGUUCUCAAGUAGAUUUCGAUUGAUGGUUUGCUUUCACCAUUGUUUGUGUAACGCAUGCUAACCACACAUCGUAAACACGCCUCACAUAUCGUCACCACCUGUCUCUUAUGAUUUGCCUAUACAAUAACACCUACCUCAUUGAAUAACAAUAGCAUUAUUUUGUUUAUUUGCAUCUAAUGAUUUGUAAUUGCAUUCGAUUAUUCAAAACAUGCGUUCAUACAUUAAAUUACAUAAUUAGAAUUUUUGAAAAAACCUUGAAUAUAAAGUAUAAAAUCAGCCAAAAAGAUGAUCGUUAAAUUGGGGUUAAAGAUAUUUUAUAACCAAGAUAUACGAGAGAACACAAGCUUAUUCGUUAAGGUUUUAAUUUUCGUAGCAAUUUAAAGCAGAAGAUUUAUCGCGCACGUAUCAGAUGUGCUCAACUUCCCUUUCAUGUGCGCUCAUUCACGUUUGGUUGCAUGCAAUAAAGGCAAUGUGAGGCAUGUUUAAACAAUUUGCACGUCAUCCCUUGUCGAUGGGAUCGUGGUCCGUUAGUCGAGCGCGGAAGUCGCGGCGCUGCACCAUCACGUAGCGUGCGCCGCCGCCUGCCUGCUCGCCCGUGAAGUUUCCUACACCAAUUGUAACAUUAAUUAUAUCACAUUACGUCUUUUUAUUGCAUUCUUACUUUUUGUGUGAUCACGACACUUGCAUUUUGCUAGUGUGUAUUACCUUUUAAUUCGCCGUAACACGAAACAUGGUACCUAUAUCCACGCAUUGUUGCCUGACUAAGAAACUAAUGUCUAAAGAUGAUAGAUUGCUGUUACUAAACCCUUUGCGACAUUCCCUCAAUUGAAUAGUAUUAGUUGGGUGUAUUGAUAAUUGACUGUAAAAACUUUCGCAAACCGACAGCCAACUGGUAUUUGUACUCACGUUUUUAUUGACUGGCUAGAUCGAUAUGAAAUGAUAACUUUGUGUAUUUAUUGAGAAAUUAUCCGUGCCAUUUGUGACCUUUCCAUUCAUAGGCUAUAAAUUAAUAUAGUUACUCUAAGUCAUUAGAACCUGACGACUCAACCUGUCAACUGAAUAUCAAAUCCGUGAAUUAUGGUGCGAGAUACAUAAUUGUUAAAAUGUUCGCAAUGAUCUGUCUGCGGUUAUGAUCUAAUAAACUGUUUAAAUUACAACUGAAGACCUUGGUAGGACAUUGUUUUGAGGUUAGCUGAAGGGCUUUAGUCUCUAAUACCUUGAUUGAUGGGAGAUUAAAUUAUGUUUAACAAAGUAAGUUCUAAAUGAAAUCUAAAUAUAUAAAUCCUUUUGUAAAACAUUAAAUCUUGAAAUAGUACAUUUGACCCAUAUGUUUAGGUAUCAAAAUUGUCUACAUAACAUCCAUACACAUAAACCGAAGGUAAAUGGCUGGCCGUAAAUAAAAAAGAUUAGCGUAUGGCCACGAAACAAAAGGUCAUGGGAACGAUUUCCGCGGAGGAGCCGCGAUCAUCACGCCGAGGAUUGAAUGACAAAACUUUUAAUUGCUAGUGUAGUCAUAAUACACCUUGGUGUUGCAUUUCGAUACAUGGGAUUUGUAAUAAAGGCAGAGUGCAAUGAACACUUGGAGUUGACCUCGGGUGUUUUCACUUGGUCUUUUAUGAUUGUUAGAGGCGUGAUGGAGAAAUAUAGAGUCUUAAUAAACAAAUGGGCGGUGCUUUUGUCUUAGGAUGUGUCAUAGGAUUAUUUUGAAAUCUCGGAUACACAAUCAGACUCACAAAACAUUGAAUUAUAUGAUAUUCUGAUGACCUAUAAAAACGAAGUAUUAACAUUUGUUUGAGUAAAGGUCGGUACACAGUUUAUUGGAAAUCAUAUAAUUGUUAAAAAAGCUCAAACCUAAAGUGUAUGUUUUUGUAAUAAAAACCUUUAUGUUGUUGUCCUGAAGACCAGUCGUUUGCAAUAAACGCUAACUACUUUCUAAGAUCGGCACAUACGUUCCCCACCCGCGUAUUUUUAGAAAACUGUCAAUACCUGUUAUUGAUUUACACUCCACCCAUACGUACGUAUCUGCCUUCGAAACAUAAGGAAAAAAGUAUUAAAUACUAUUUUGAACAGUAUCUUAGAUAAUACACGGUUUAUUGCAAUAAAAAGUACAAUCGCUAACAAAAUCGUCGGCAACGACCUUUUGUGAUCCACUUCGGGUGCUUUAAAACACACUUGGAAUUCUUUAAAAGAAAUUUUGCGAAACAAGAUCCUUCUAUUAUGUAGAACAAACUUGAGCGAAACCGACAAAGGAAAAUGUAUGUUACAUAAGAAACGCGGACACAUCUCGAUACAGUAUGUUAUGUCGAAAGCCUAAACAAUUUCUAUGUCAUUAUAGCGCCAUGGAGAAUUAAUAUUAUAUAUUUAUGAUAGCUAAGCUUACAAACUAUUUUCUGAUCCAUCGUCUUAGUCAAGACAUCAAUCGAUCACAUAACUUCUUCGCUCGAAACGUGAUUUAUUUCAUCAACCUCUUUUAAAUCAUUUCACAAAAUUAAUGUAAGUUCUAAGCGGUUCGUUUGAUAAAAUAUGAAGGUUUUAUUACUGGGAUAUCAAUCAGUUCACAAAUCGCUUGACGCCUACGUGGUAUUUAUCAAAAAGAUAAAAAUUUUAGAAUCCAUAAAUGGUGUGACAUAAUGUCUUACUGUCACCUAGUUUAACUUUUAAAAGUCGUUUAUUAUAUCUUUAACCUAUAUUUAACAUAUGUAUUUGCAUAUAUUAAGAAAUAAAUGUUUAUUUCUAAACACAAAUAAAUUUAAACAUAGAAUAUUGUAAGUACAGUGCAGGUAUAAAUGUAAGUGCAACUCGUGUCGGAAUACGAAAAGUAAUAUAAUCAGUAAGGUCAAAUGUCUGAUGCGGUCUUCUGCUAAAAUAUUAUACAACUGUUAGCGGACGCAUGGGAACUUUUCUUUCGAAACUGCUACUAGUAUCUAAAUGCCAACAGCAGAACAUGUACGAAACUAGUAAGUAUAUGUAUUAGGUAUAAUAAUUGUAAAUUAUGCGUGAAGAUGAUCUGGCCAGUGAAGUAAAUCUGUUAACUGCAAUAGUUGACAUUUACAUACGCCAAUUUCGAAGAACUGUUGCACUCUUAUACGGUUAAUUUACUAGUUGCUUGAGUUCUUUUUUACAUUUAUCAUCGUAAAUUAAAGACAAAUAAAAAACUUAUGAAUGACAGAGGAAACGUCGCGGAAUGCGGCGGAGGAGGCGUAAUGGAGGUGCGCUUAGUGAGGUCGAUUAGCGGUUUUUAUACUUUGAUGUUUAUAUCAUGAACCUAUUAUUAACAUUUUCCUUUUUUAAUUUUAGUUUAAUCUAGUUUUUUUUGUAAACUUACUUCCAUGAUUUGAAGAUUGCCUUUUCUAUUUGUGUGUUGUUGUGUUGCAGGUUGUGUUCAGUUCACAUACGCGACAACACAAAUUUGCUACGGUAAAAAGUCACUCUUGACACCAUAAAUUACCUAAUGCUUGAGGUCUUAGUCUUUAGGUCUUCUUGAGUCUUUAGGUCAGCGAAGGUAAAAAAAACAUGAUUAUCUUGAUCCUAAUUCGUGUUUUACAGUUUGGUAUAAUUACAAUGAACAAUAUUUUGCCCGUUAGCAAAAUUAUUGUUGACAUGAUUGACACAAUUUAUUUUUCCGCUACCGCUCAUGACGAACAGCUGUCUUAUCCGCUCAGUACCCACGCAGGGUCUACUCAUCCCGGCGCGUGCGUGUUUCUCCGACCUUCAUCCUGCAUUCCGCCGUGUCUCAUACAGUCAUUCAGGAUACGCACUAUUGGCCAAGUCGUUAGCGGACAACGAACUCUUAGAUCAACUCACUUCUUAGACAAUCGACUGUUUUCCUACAUGUCUGUGAAUGUUUUUUUCAGUAGUACCUUUCGUCAUCCUACUAUGUCAUUCAAUAUACUUGUACUAUGUUUGUUAGUAUCCACUAAUACCACAUUAUUAGCAGAAACACUCGCAAUUCGUUAUCUCAACAUAAUUAUAAAUGCAAGAGUAUGUACGGCAAGUUGUUCUACUUUCAUUUCCACGUUUGUUUGUAAUGAAUAAUUAAUUUCCAUAAGAUGUUGGUACUUAUAUCUUUAGAGAGACGCAAUAAAUAUUAUGUACCUAACACAAUAAAAGAAACCUACGACAUACUCAGAUGUUAAAUAUAAAUUGUUUCAUAUCCUGUUAAUAUGAGUUUCGUACGUAACAAGUGAGUCACUGUCAAUCAGCUUCGAAGACCCUACAGACUCGGUUUAGUACUGCUAUAAGUAUAUAAACAAUAGUGUCCCGUGUUUAGUGUUGACACUAAGUAUAAUAGGACAGACGUUCACGAUCCACAUUAUUCUACAAACAGUGCCUCUCGGAGCUACGCCACAACAUAUUACGAAAACUAGCGCGACUAGACCUGCCGGAUGCGGCGGCAAGCUCGGAUCUCAGGCGGCGGCGCGCUCGUCGUACGCACCGCCUCUGCCUUGCAAGUUUGGCUGUGGUUGCUGAUAUUCAUAUUCCAGAACGAGUUUCGAAUAUCCAGGUCUAUUCAGCCGGGUUAUUUGGACUUCGACAAUUUACCCGAGACAAAUUUCACGUGCGCUGGCAAGGUGAUCGGCGGCUACUAUGCGGACCUGGAGACCUCGUGCCAGAUGUUCCACGUGUGCACGGUGGGCCAGAAUGACGAGCCCAUGGACAUUAAGUUCCUGUGCCUUAAUGGCACUGUGUUUGAUCAGGAGACAAGAGUUUGUGAGAGAGUUGACGAAGUAGAUUGUACAAAGUCUGAAAAGUUCUACAGUUUAAAUUUAGAGUUAUACGGCAGCACAAUGCCAUCCAUCAUACAGCCAGACCAAGUGAAACCUCAAGCACAACCAACUGAACAGUCACAACAGCACACUAAACCAAAUCUUGAAAAUGACCCUUCAAUAGACGAUUCGCCAACAACAACACAAGACAAAAAUUUAGCACAUUCGACUGAUAUCAUCGAUUCGACUGAAGAUCCCAUUCAAGACAUAAAACGAGAUGAACCGAAAGUCCAACAAACUGCAAAGCCCACACAUACGCUUCUAUCGUCAGAUAAUGAGGAACUUACCGAAGAGUACCAAGAAGAUGAAGACACUGACUACGAUGACUACGUACACCAUCCAACCACAACUACGAAACAUGUAACUUCUACAACAAGUACCACCACAACGACGACCACAACUACGACAACCACACCCAGACCUCCGACAACCACGUUAUUGCCAUCAACGACCCGAUCUCCAUCUCCUAUACCCCAUCUUAUAUCUUCACCGUCACCAGUACUCUCCUCAUUGUCCCCUCCAUUACCUUCAUUUCCUCCUUCACUUCCAUCGGCACCCUCUGCGCCUUCAGCCCCUUCUGCCCCAUCAGCACCUUUUGUACAGUCUGCACCAUCUGCGCCUUCUGCUCCAUCAAACUUGCCCACUUUGGACCCGUCCCUACUAUCUCCACAAGAAUUCAUCUACCGCCAUCGAGGUCCAGGUUCCGAGGCCAUUUCUUUUCAACGCCAAAGUUUUCGUCCCGCUGAUGGAGUUUACAUAACGCAUGCGCCACCGCAACAGUUCGAUCACUUUCAAUAUGAGUCUUCAAGAACUGCACCGCGGCCGGUCGCUCAAAGGCCCAACUCUUUUGUUCAACGACCUCAACCAGCACCUUUCCGACCGACAACAUUAGAUCCCCGUGACCAAUUACUACGUCCUGGUCCAACGUCUCAACCUUCAGAACGACACGAAACAUCAGUAAAGCAACAAAAUAGACCUCAAUCGUAUCCUCAAUCAUUGCCAUCACAGAGACCGUUGCCGUUCAAUCCUUUUUACUACGAAAGAAAGCGAAGUGAUGAAAUAGUUCCAGGAACGGAAUCUUCGUUAUCAGCGCGUUCGGUUGCUCCACCAAAUGUAACAGAAAAACCACCUAUCAAAUUGAAAAGUCCACCACGCGUUAUCGUAACGGCCAGUGCAUCAGUCAGUGACAGUAACGGUAAAAGACUUAACUAUACAGUGGGCAACGUUGUGAGUGCUGUGAAACCGAUAGUACCGAUAAACUAUGAUGACUAUAAAGAGUCUGAUCUGAUUUUUGAUCCAUUCUUUCUCGAUGUGCCAAAACUACAAAAACGACGAAAAACUAGAUCUUAUAAAAAUAGAAAUAUAUUCACUGUUCCGUCCACAGCCACUGUGGCUUCUGAAUUAAUGUCAGAUAAAUCUGAAGUCACAAUAGUAUCCGUGACGUCUCAAGCAACAACCAUACGAAAACCGGCUAGUGAGAAAUCAGUAGCAACUACUACCACCGCGUGGAAUCCUAAUGAUUACGUGGAUGAUAACUACGAGCCUAGCGCGUACAUACCACCAAUACCGCCUGUUGCGGUGCUAGUGCCUCACGAGCUAAAUAAAUAUAACAAACACGAUAGAACGUCUAAAAAUUAUUUAGUUGUGGAUAAUACUCACAGUGAUCACAAAGCUAAUGUUGGCAACAUAGAGCAAUCCAAGCCGACGUCGGCGUCUGCGCAGCAGACAACCUCUAGUCAUGGCGCGGGCGCGGGCCGGGGGCCCCCCGCCGCCUCGCCGCCGCCCCCGCCUCCCCCGCCGCUCCUCGAGGCGCCCGCCUGCGCCACUUCGCGCUCUACUAACUGUCGGACUCGUGCCUAAUUAAAUUAGCUCACUUUAUAUGUUAAAUAGAUAAAUGCCUAGUUACAUAUUUAGGUAGGUAGAAAAUUUUUAACAAUUUUUCAGUAGCUCUUUAAAUCAACAAGAUUUAUUAAAAAUAAAAACUGGGAAUUUGUAGAAUUGAAUGUUUUUGUGUUCUUAUAAGAAAAUCGUUUAUUAAGCUCCCUCUGAAUAGGUGUGACAAAAUUCCAUAAAUACCCUUUGUUUGCAUUCACGUAGUUAUUAUACUUGUUUACAGUUCUCUUAUUUACUUACAUGCAAAUAUCAUUUUUCGACCAGUUCAAAGGGAGCUUUUGUAUUUAUGUUUUUUUAAUUAUUAUAAAUAUUGUAAAUAUGUACGGA